UUUCUUAAUCUCGGUCUUCAUAAUGAUCAUGUUUGUCUUGCACAAAAAAAAAGAUCAUGUUUGUCAUCAUCAUGUGCUUUUUAUCUUCUUGAAAUUUAUCUGUUUUGUUCCACUGAUUCUCACCUACUCUUCCAUUCAAUGCUCCUGAAUUUCCUCAAAGCAAAGCUCCUCUUGCUUCAGCAACACUUCUCUAUCUCUCUCUCUCUUCUCAUGACUUUCCUUUAAGGUCAUGCUACUGUUCAGUCUCGUUUUACGUUAACUCAUCUAUAGCUUUAUCUUGAUGAUCUUGUGAAUAAAGAAACAGUCAUUCUUUGAUCAUCUCUAUCUUUUUUCUUUUCUUGAUUCCUAUGGAAUCUCUGAAACAAGCUUCUUCGUCUAGAUUCUGCUACCAUCAAAGCUUCUCAGGCGUUCUCCAAGUGUUUGUUCACAACGCAAGAAACAUCCACAACAUCUGUAUCUACGAUAACCAAGACGUUUACGCCAAAUUCUCUCUCACAUACAAUCCCGACGACACAAUCUCCACCAGAAUCAUCCACAGGGCAGGCAAAAACCCAGAGUUCAACCAGAAACUUAUGAUCGAUGUGACACAGAUAGAAGCUGCAGUUCUCAAAUGUGAGAUCUGGAUGAUGAGCAGAGCCAGACAUUACAUGGAAGAUCAGCUUCUUGGUUUUGCUCUUGUCCCAAUCUCAGACAUCAUAGGUCGAGACAGUGUUACUCAAGAUUACAGUCUCUCUUCCACUGAUCUCUUCCAUUCACCUGCUGGUACCGUGAAGCUCACGCUUUCCAUCGUAAACCCUUCUCCUGAUGCUACUUCUUCUUCUUCAUCCAAUCCCAAGAUUAACACUUCGAUUUCUUCAGAGGUCGUGUUGCUUGACCCACAAGUCUCUGAAACUGUGGAUUACACGAGGAUCGAGUUCCCUGACAUCAAUGUUGUUAAUGAGAACAAACAGAUGGUUACAGAGUACUUCAAUGGAUUGAAUCUCAGACCCGGAACAGCUUCUUUUCUCUGUCUCGGCUCGACACAUUUGCCAGAAACCGACAUAACAAUGGUGUGCUUGGAGGACAAAGAGCUUUAUGGGAAUGGAAGUUUUAUGGCUUCUUCUUCAACAACAACAAGCCUAAGCGACGAGAAGAACACAGCGGAUUCUAACGAGAAGGAGAAUCGAGAGAUGACUGGGGUACUAAGAAGAAGAAGCAAAGAGGGAGAAGAAGACGAAGAAGAGAAGAAGAUGAAUGUGGAAACAGAGGAAACAUCGAUGCAGAAACAGAUAGCAGAUAUGUAUAUGAGAAGUAUGCAACAAUUCACCGAGUCUUUGGCAAAGAUGAAGCUUCCCAUGGAUCACAACAACAGUAACAACAACACUGAAAAUCAGAUUCAGAAUCGGAAUAAUAAUAAUAAUGCUAAUAAUAAUAACGGAGUCGAGAAGAAAAAAGAAGGGUCUCGUGUCUUUUAUGGUAGCAGAGCCUUCUUUUAGCGGAAUCAAGACCUCAUUGCAAAUAAGUUUUUAACAUUUUAGUUUCUUGGCUAAUCGAUCUCUCUAUGUUUGAUUCACAUGAUCUUCCUACAACCCAUUUUUAUAAUUUAGUAACU